AUGCCCCAGCUGCGGCUAUGGGCCCAUCGACCACUACAACUGCGGGGACCUGGAGGAACAUCAUGGAGAGGACGACGAUGGCGCGCGAGUCAACAACUCCUGCCCCAGCUGCCAAUGGUUCUCGCCGGACAUCCAGGAGACUGGGACUCCUGGGAUGGCACCGUGCCCCCUGCCGCGCUGGGAAACCGCGAAGAGGGGGACCUGGGUGCAUUUGCGACCGCAGCCUCCCUAGAGGUCUUCCUCCGCAUUGUCUACUCCGCACGAAAGCUCUGGAAGACGGAUGCGGACAGCGACCUUCACAAGCUCUGCGAGAAGAUGGCAAAGUGGGAGAGCCUGACUGCCGCAGAUGGCGUGGACCAUCCCGUGCAGUUGCUGCUGGCCCUGGCAGCAGUGGAUGAACUCCCGGAAGCCGCGCUGGACCAGGUGCCUCUGCUGCUGCUCCUCAACGAGGCCUUGGCUCGCAGCGCCCGCGACGAGCUUAAGAGCCAGGGCUGCCGCGAGGAGCCUCAGAUCAUUGCAGCGGCCCGGAAGCGGGUGGCCUCCUUCCUAGGCAUUUCAGCCUCCUCGGCGCCUGCGGCCCAGGAGCUAAUGACCGCAGAGCCUCCGCGGUCCAACGUGCGGGAGGCCUGCAAUGCAGAGUACACCUUGGAGACGAAGGACUUCGACUACAAGACCUGGGUGACGGCUCGCGCGGUGCCCUGGGCGCACGCGCUCUGCGCGGUGCAGCAGCUUCGGAAGUUGGUGGCCGCGCGCGGCUGGGCGGCGCUGGAGAAGGCCAUGGAGCGGGGCCAGGCCCUGGAACUGGUUGCAGCCAUGCAAUUCGAGACGGAAGCUGCUGAGCUGUUGAAGACGUGGCUAGACGUGGAGCGGCCCUGCGAGGAGGAUCGAGUGCUUGCCACCAUGGCGGCGCAAGCUUUCCUUCAUCAGUCGUCUCGUAGCCGCCGCACGGUGGACAACGGCGGGUGUCUCACAGAGAUCUUGCCGGACGUGCGCCACGGGAACACGCUCCGAGAGCUUGCGGUAGAUGUCCGAAUGGCGAUCUAUGACGAGCGCGUCGAAGCAAAGUCCCAGGAAUGGGCGAGCGUGGGUGCUGGCAUGUCCUUCGAGCUCGGCCACGCUGCAGACGUCGAUGGUUUCAAGGCACUUUGCUGGCGUGCCUCUCACGUCCAUGGCUUGGACAAGGCCACCUUCUGGGGCCUCUGGCGUGCCGCCAAGCGCGACCGCGAGAAGGCCCAAGUGUUCGUGCGCUCUGCGAAUGAGGGUUUCGUGGAGAAGCACUGCGGAAACCUCCGCUGA